CCCCUCCUCCCCUCCCCUCCUUUUUCAACAUGGCUGCUGUGUCUACUCUCUCAAGUAACGCUCAGAUUGGAGACUGACUCGAUUUCUACCGUCCAGUGCCUCUUAACUUUUGGUGUACAUCAACUUCGCUUGGAUGCAAAUCACGUUCUACACCUUGUCGUUUCCCCUGGUUUCAUUCAGUGGAAUAACCUUCACCAAUCACCCCCUCCCCUGGGCCUUUUUUUACCCCAAAAACAACCAACUGCCAGCCAACAACAGUUUCCAGUGCCAUGGUUUGAGUAGGUGCACUCAGUUUUCCUCUUCAUGAACAAUGUGUGAAAACUGCGCCGAGCUGGUGGAGGUUUUAAAUGAAAUAUCGGAUGCAGACGGCAGCGAAGGCGGCUUCCAGCUGAAGAAGGAACAUGCCCUGCGAGUGCUGGGCUACAUCAGCUCCUGGACACAGAGACAAUGUCUCUGCUGCUUCAAGGAGUACAAGCACCUGGAGGUCUUCAACCAGCUGGUCUACGCCCUCAUUAACCUGGUCAUCGCCCAGAUCAGCAGCCUGAGAGACCGCCUCUGCAGCGUCCAGGACCACACCCAUAAAGGAGGCGUGUCAGGGGGCGAGGCGUUGGGCUCCGAAUGGAGCGGCGAAUCUGCACCGGGGCCCCUCCCCCAGCCGUCAUCGCCCGGGGAGGACGAACCUGUGAAUGUGGAGAGAGACUCUGCGGAAGAGGAUGCCGACACCCCCGACCUCAACCAGAAUAAGACCCAGCACCAGGGGGGUGAAGCCCAGAUGGAAGCACUGGGGCCUGGGGAGAGCGGCAGCGGGUCUGGGGUCGGCGAUGGAGGCGAUGGGGUCGGCGGCGGCAGCGACACCCAGGACCCGUUCAGCUCCUGGAGCACAGAGGAGAGGGAGAAACUGCUGCUGUGUGCGGCCAAGAUCUUCCAGAUCCAGUUCCCCCUCUACACAGCCUACAAACACAACACACACCCCACCAUCGAGGACAUAUCCGCUCACGAGAGCAACAUCCUCGGCUCCUUCUGCGACAUGAAUGACGUGGAGGUGCCUCUGCACCUGCUGCGCUACGUCUGCCUGUUCUGCGGGAAGCACGGCCUCUCCCUGAUGAAGGAGUGCUUCGAGUCGGGAACUCCAGAGAGCCUCCCCUUCCCCAUCGCCCACGCCUUCAUCACCAUCGUCUCCAACAUCCGCAUCUGGCUGCACAUUCCCGCGGUCAUGCAACACAUCAUACCGUUCCGCACCUACGUAAUACGGUAUCUGUGUAAGCUGUCGGACCAGGAGCUGCGGCAGAGCGCGGCGCGCAACAUGGCCGACCUGAUGUGGAGCACGGUGAAGGAGCCGCUGGACAGCGCGCUGUGCUUCGACAAGGAGAGUCUGGACCUCGCUUUCAAAUACUUCAUGUCCCCCACGCUCACCAUGAGGCUGGCCGGACUCAGCCAAAUCACUAAUCAGCUCCACACAUUCAACGACGUCUGCAACAACGAGUCUCUGGUCUCUGACACAGAAACGUCCAUAGCAAAGGAGCUGGCUGACUGGUUGAUCCACAACAACGUGGUGGAGCACAUAUUUGGACCCAAUUUGCACAUUGAGAUCAUUAAACAGUGCCAAGUGAUCCUGAAUUUCUUGGCUGCAGAGGGCCGACUCAGCACGCAGCAUGUGGACUGUAUCUGGGCCGCAGCCCAGCUGAAACAUUGCAGUCGCUACAUCCACGACCUUUUCCCCUCGCUCAUUAAAAACCUGGACCCGGUGCCUCUCCGCCACGUCCUCAACCUGGUGUCUGGCCUGCACCCCAGCGCCCACACAGAGCAGACGCUGUACCUGGCCUCCAUGCUGAUCAAGGCUCUGUGGAACAACGCCCUGGCAGCGAAGGCCCAGCUCUCUAAACAAAGCUCCUUCGCCUCCCUGCUCAACACCAACAUCCCCAUGGGCAACAAGAAAGGUUCGCCGGCCGCCAGUCCCGACAGCAGCGACAACAGCGACACUCAGCACAGCGGAGGCAGCGACAUGGAGAUGGACGACCAGAUGAUGACUGGCAGCAAGAGGAGCCAGCAGAGGCUGUCUGACACCGAGGAGUCGAUGCAGGGCAGCUCAGAUGAGACGGCGAACAGCGUGGAGGAAGGCAGCAGCGGGCCGGGCAGCAGCAGCGGCCGCAGCGAGGCCUCCAGCAACGAAGCCGCCUCCAGCCGAGCCAGCCAGUCGGCCGGGAGCCCCGGCAGCGAGAUGCACUCUGACGACAUGGCGGACAGCGAGGCCUUAAAGGAGGAGGAGGAGGACGACGAAGAGGAAGACGACGAGGAGGAGGACGACGACGACGAAGAGGACGAAGACGAGGGGAACCGGUCGGCUGCUGAAGGUGGUCAGCAGAAGGAGCCCCGGGAGCAGACGGAGUCGAGGAAAAGGAAGGCAGGCGAGGCGCUCGGCGAAGGGUCGAGUCAGGGGGCGGGGCCCAGUGGUACAGGGGGCGGGGCCAAAUCCAAGGUUCUCCCCUUCAACCCAGAGACUUCUGCUGUCAUGGUAACAGCAGCGUCGACGUCUUUAGAGGGCCGGAUGAGGAUGCUGGAUGCCUGCUCGGCAUCGUCGUCCGCUCGGCCCGAGGGGGCGGAGCCCCAGCAACAGCCUCCAGACAUCGGCCCCUCCCAGAUGGUCCAGGGGCCCCAGGAGCCUCCAUGUCUGCCGCGGCCCGGCGACUUCCUGGGGGAGGCGAUGGGCAGUGAGCUUUUUAACUGCCGGCGCUUCAUCGGUCCCCAGCACCACCACCAUCACCAUCAUCACCACCACCACCAUGAAGGUCCCAUGGUGGAGGACAUGCUGAGCGCCGACGACGUGAGCUGCAGCAGCUCCCAGGUCAGCGCCAAGUCGGAGAAGAACAUGGCCGACUUUGACGGGGAGGAGUCGGGCUGCGAGGAGGAGCUGGUCCAGAUCAAUUCCCACGCUGAGCUCAGCUCCCACCUCCAGCAGCACCUCCCCAACCUGGCCUCCAUCUACCACGAGCACCUGGUGCAAGGUCCAGCUGUUCAUAAGCACCAGUACUCCAGCAGCCACGCUGUGACCGACAUCAACCUGGACAACGUUUGUAAGAAGGGCAACACCCUGCUGUGGGACCUGGUGCAGGACGAGGACGCGAUCCACCUGUCUGAGGGUCUGAUUAACGAAGCGGAGAAGCUGCUGUGUUCACUGGUCUGUUGGUUCACGGACAGACAGAUCCGAAUGCGCUUCAUCGAGGGUUGCCUCGACAACCUGGCCCACCACAGGUCCGUGGUGGUUUCCUUACGUCUACUACCCAAACUUUUUGGCACUUUUCAGCAGUUUGGCUCAAGCUAUGACACUCACUGGAUCACCAUGUGGGCUGAGAAAGAGCUGCACAUGAUGAAACUGUUCUUCGACGACCUACAGCACUACAUCCACGAAGUCCGUGAACACCGGCACAAGUUUGCACUGUACAGCCACAGUGCGGAGGUCCAGGUCCGUCUGCAGUUCCUCACCUGUGUCUUCUCCACACUGGGCUCUCCUGACCACUUCAGACUGAGUCUGGAGCAGGUGGACAUCCUGUGGCACUGUCUGGUGGAGGACGCCGAGUGCUACGACGACGCGCUGCACUGGUUCCUCAAUCAGGUCCGCAGCAAGGACCAGCACGCCAUGGGCAUGGAGACCUACAAGCACCUCUUCCUGGAGAAGAUGCCUCAGCUGAAGCCGGAGACCAUCAGCAUGACGGGACUCAACCUCUUUCAGCACCUCUGUAACCUGGCCCGCCUCGCCACCAGUGCCCUGGACAACGCCUCCAGCUGUGAGCUGUGCGGCAUGGACCAGCUGUGGGGGAUCGCCCUGCGGGCCCAGUCAGCUGAUAUCAGCCGCGCCGCCAUCCAGUACAUCAACUCCUACUACAUCAACGCGGGAAAGACGGGGCUGGAGAAGGAGCAGGAGUUCAUCAGGAAGUGCAUGGAGAGUCUUCUGAUGGCGUCGGCGAACCUGGAGAAGGACGCUCACUCCAGCCUGACCAGCAUCGAGAGGGGGCUGCUCAUGCUCAAAACGCACCUGGAGGCCUUCAGACGCAGGUUCGCCUACCACCUGCGGCAGUGGCAGAUCGAGGGGACGGGAAUCAGCAGCCACCUGAAGGCUCUGAGCGACAAGCAGUCUCUGCCGCUCAGGAUCGUGUGUCAGCCCGCCGGCCUACCUGACAAGAUGACCAUCGAGAUGUAUCCCAGUGACCAGGUGGCAGACCUGCGGGCCGAGGUGACCCACUGGUACGAGAACCUGCAGAAGGAGCAGAUGAACCAACAGGCUCAGCUGCAGGAGUUCGGCCAGAGCAGCCGGCAGGCGGGAGACUUCCCAGGAGGUUUGAUGGGACCCGUCAGGAUGAUCUCCUCCGGCCACGAGCUGACCACAGACUACGAUGAGAAGACGCUGCACGAGCUCGGCUUCAAAGACAUGCAGAUGGUGUUUGUGUCUCUCGGAGCUCCGCGGAGAGAGAGGAAGGGGGAGGGCAUCCAGCUGCCGGCCUCCUGCCUGCCUCCCCCACAGAAGGAGCACAUCCCCAUGCUGCUGCUCCUGCAGGAGCCUCACCUCACCACGCUGUUCGACCUGCUGGAGAUGCUGGCCUGCUUCAAACCGCCCAGCCCCAACGCCGAGAAGGUCCACGAGAGCCCCGAGAGCGCGCGAUGCGAGGAGCUUCACCUCCACGCGGAGAAUCUGUCCCGGCGGGUUUGGGAGCUGCUGAUGCUUCUUCCCACGUGUCCCAAGAUGCUUCAGGCCUUCCAGAACAUCUCAGACGACACGAACGGGGAGGGUCUGUGCUGGAAGGAGCUGCUGAGGAUUAAAAGUCCUCACAAACUGUUGUACGCUCUGGAGAUCAUCGAGGCUCUGGGAAAACCCAACAGACGCAUCCACAGAGAGUCCACCGGCAGCUACAGCGAUCUGUAUCCAGACUCGGACGACUCCAGUGAGGAUCAGAUAGAGAACAGCAAGAACACCUGGAGCUGCAAGUUUGUCUCGUCUGGAGGACUCCAGCUGCUCCUGGAGAUCUUCAACUCCGGCAUCCUGGAGCCCAAAGACCAGGAGUCCUGGACUGUGUGGCUGCUGGACUGCCUGGCCUGCCUGCUGAAGCUGAUCUGCCAGUUUGCGGUGGACCCUGCAGACCUGGACCUGGCCUACCACGACGUCUUCUCCUGGUCCGGCCUUGCCGACAGCCAGCGGAAACGGGCGUGGCCGGGCAAAUCCCGCAAGUCCACCGUAGACCACGGGAAAGGCCUGCACAUCCCCCGGCUGACGGAGGUGUUCCUCAGCCUCGUCCAAGGCACCAACCUCAUCCAGCGUCUGAUCAACGUGGCCUACACCUACGACAACCUCGCACACAGAGUUCUUAAGGCUCAGUCUGACCACAGGUCCCGACAUGAAGUGACUCACUACUCCAUGUGGCUGCUGGUGAGCUGGGCGCACUGCUCCUCCACGGUGAAGUCCAGCCUGGCCGACAGCGACCACCUGCACGACUGGCUGAAGAAACUCACCCUGCUGGUGCCUGAGCCGGCGGUGAGACACGAGGCGUGUAACGGCCUCUACAAGCUCUCUCUGUCGGGUUUGGAGGGAGGAGAGUCCAUCAACAGAUCCUUCCUGCUGCUCGCCGCCUCCACGCUGCUCAAGUUCCUGCCUGACGCACAGGCCCUCAAACCGCUGAGGGUGGAGGACUAUGAGGAGGAGCCUCUGUUGAGGACGGGCUGUAAGGAGUAUUUCUGGCUCCUCUGUAAACUCAUCGACAACAUCCACGUUAAAGACGCCAGCCAGGUGGGCGCCUCACGCCACAGCACUGACCAUCAAAAUCAAAAGAGCCUAUUGAAGGUCUCUCCCUCUCUGUCGCUGGCCGGCUCGAUGCAGACCACCCUGCUGGACCUGGACGCCCUCGCCCGCCACCUCGCCGACUGCAUCAGGAGCCGCGAGAUCCUGGACCAGCAGGACGGGACGAUCGAGGACGACGGGCUGACCGGCCUCCUGCGUCUCGCCACCAGCGUCCUCAAACACAAGCCCCCCUAUAAAUUCUCCCGCGAGGGGCAGGAGUUCCUGCGGGACGUCCACAACCUCCUCUUCCUCCUGCCCAGCCUGGCCGACCGCGCUCAGCCCAAGUGCAAAUCCCACGCCGCCCGCGCCGCCGCCUACGACCUGCUGGUGGAGACGGUGAAGGGCUCGGUGGAGAACUACCGGCUCCUCCACAACUGGGUGAUGUCUCAGCACAUGCAGGCCUCUCACGCCCCGUACAAGUGGGACUACUGGCCCCACGACGACGUCCGGGCCGAGUGUCGCUUUGUGGGUCUGACCAACCUGGGAGCGACCUGCUACCUGGCCUCCACCAUCCAGCAGCUCUACAUGAUCCCCGAGGCCCGCCAGGCCGUCUUCACCGCCAAGUACGCUGAGGAUAUCAAACACAAGACCACGCUGCUGGAGCUGCAGAAGAUGUUCACGUAUCUCAUGGAGAGUGAGAGGAAAGCCUAUAACCCCCGGCCCUUCUGUAAAACCUACACCAUGGACAAGCAGCCGCUCAACACCGGAGAGCAGAAGGACAUGACCGAGUUCUUCACCGACCUCAUCACCAAGAUCGAGGAGAUGUCGCAGGAGCUGAAAAACACAGUGAAGACUCUGUUUGGAGGCGUCAUCACCAACAACGUGGUUUCUCUGGACUGCGACCACGUCAGUCAGACCGCCGAGGAGUUUUACACGGUCAGGUGUCAGGUGGCGGAUAUGAAGAACAUCUACGAAUCUCUGGACGAGGUGACCAUCAAAGACACUCUGGAGGGCGACAACAUGUACACCUGCUCGCAGUGCGGCAAGAAGGUCCGCGCAGAGAAGAGGGCCUGUUUCAAGAAGCUGCCUCGCAUCCUGAGCUUCAACACCAUGCGCUACACCUUCAACAUGGUGACGAUGAUGAAGGAGAAGGUCAACACGCACUUUUCCUUCCCCCUGCGGCUCGACAUGACGCCUUACACCGAGGACUUCCUCAUGGGAAAAGGGGAGAGGAAAGAGGGUUUUCGGGAAGAGGGCGAGGCAAAGGUCACGGAGAGCUACGAGUACGACCUCAUCGGCGUCACGGUGCACACGGGCACGGCGGACGGCGGCCACUACUACAGCUUCAUCAGAGACAUCGUCAACCCGCACGCCUACAAGAACAACAAGUGGUACCUGUUCAACGAUGCAGAGGUGAAGCCCUUCGACUCCGCCCAGCUGGCCUCGGAGUGCUUCGGAGGAGAGAUGACGACUAAAACCUACGACUCCGUCACCGACAAGUUCAUGGAUUUCUCCUUUGAGAAGACACACAGUGCCUACAUGCUCUUCUACAAGAGGGUGGAGCUGGAGGAGGAGAACGGGAAGGACUUCAGCUUUGACGUCUCUCCCGAUCUGCUCGAGUGGAUUUGGCACGACAACAUGCAGUUCCUCCAGGACAAGAACAUCUUCGAACACACAUACUUCGGUUUCAUGUGGCAGCUGUGCAGCAGCAUCCCCAGCACUCUACCAGACCCUAAAGCCGUCUCCCUCAUGACCGCCAAGCUCAGCACGUCGUUUGUUCUCGAGACCUUCAUUCACUCCAAGGAGAAGCCCACGAUGCUGCAGUGGAUCGAACUCCUGACCAAACAGUUCAACAACAGCCAGGCGGCCUGCGAGUGGUUUCUGGAUCGGAUGGCUGACGACAACUGGUGGCCGAUGCAGAUCCUGAUCAAGUGCCCCAAUCAGAUCGUCAGACAGAUGUUCCAGAGGUUGUGCAUUCACGUCAUCCAGAGGCUGCGGCCGGUUCACGCUCACCUCUACCUGCAGCCCGGCAUGGAGGAUGGCUCUGACGACAUGGACGGUCCGGUGGAGGACAUCGGCAGCCGCUCCUGCGUCACGCGCUUCGUCAAGACCCUGCUGUCCAUCAUGGAGCACGGCGUCAAGCCGCACAGCAAACACCUGACGGAGUACUUCGCUUUUCUCUACGAGUUCGCCAAGAUGGGAGAGGAGGAGAGUCAGUUCCUGUUGUCACUACAAGCGAUUUCCAUCAUGGUGCAUUUCUACAUGGGAACCAAAGGCCCCGAGAACCCUCAGGUGGAGGUGCUGUCAGAGGAGGAGGGAGAGGAGGAGGACGAAGAGGAGGACAUCCUGUCUCUGGCGGAGGAGAAGUAUCGUCCUGCGGCUCUGGAGAAGAUGAUCGCCCUCAUCGCUCUGCUGGUGGAACAGUCUCGAUCCGAGAGACACCUGACUCUGUCCCAGAGCGACAUGGCAGCGCUGACCGGAGGCAAAGGCUUUCCUUUCCUCUUCCAGCACAUCAGAGACGGCAUCAACAUCAGACAGACCUGCAACCUCAUCUUCAGCCUCUGUCGCUAUAACAACCGCCUGGCCGAGCAUAUUGUGUCGAUGCUCUUCACCUCCAUCGCAAAGCUGACUCCAGAGGCUGCCAAUCCUUUCUUCAAGCUGCUGACGAUGUUGAUGGAGUUUGCAGGCGGACCUCCGGGGAUGCCCUCCUUCGCCUCCUACAUCCUGCAGAGGAUCUGGGAGGUGAUCGAGUACAACCCGUCCCAGUGUCUGGACUGGCUGGCUGUCCAGACUCCCAGGAACAAACUGGCCCACAGCUGGGUCCUGCAGAACAUGGAGAACUGGGUGGAGCGUUUCCUGCUGGCACACAACUACCCCCGAGUCCGCACAUCGGCGGCGUACCUCCUCGUCUCCCUCAUCCCCAGCAACUCCUUCCGCCAGAUGUUUCGCUCCACGCGCUCCCUUCACCUGCCGACCCGGGAGCUGCCGCUGUCGCCCGACACCACCGUGGUCCUCCACCAGGUCUACAACCUGCUGCUGGGGCUGCUGGGACGCGCCAAGCUGUACGUGGACGCCAGCGUUCACGGCACCACCAAGCUGGUGCAGUACUUCAGCUUCAUGACCUACUGCCUCAUCUCCAAGACUGAGAAGCUCAUGUUCUCCGGAUACUUCAUGGACCUCUGGAACCUCUUCCAGCCCAAACUGUCGGAGCCGGCCAUCGCCACCAACCACAACAAGCAGGCGCUGCUGUCCUUCUGGUACAACGUGUGCGUGGACUGUCCGGAGAACGUGCGGCUGGUGGUGCAGAACCCCGUGGUGACCAAGAACAUCGCCUUCAACUACAUCCUGGCCGACCACGACGACCAGGAGGUGGUGCUCUUCAACCGCGGCAUGCUGCCCGCCUAUUACGGCAUCCUGCGCAUGUGCUGCGAGCAGUCGCCCGCCUUCACCCGCCAGCUCGCCUCGCACCAGAACAUCCAAUGGGCCUUCAAGAACCUGACGCCGCACGCCAGCCAGUACCCCGGGGCGGUGGAGGAGCUGUUCAACCUGAUGCAGCUGUUUGUGGCGCAGCGAGCCGACAUGAGAGAAGAAGAACUGGAGGACGUGAAACAGUUUAAGAAAACCACCAUCAGCUGCUACCUGCGCUGCCUGGACGGACGCUCCUGCUGGACCACGCUCAUCAGUGCCUUCAGAGUUCUGCUGGAGAACGACGAGGACCGGCUGCUGGUGGUCUUCAACAGAGGACUCAUCCUCAUGACAGAAUCCUUCAACACUCUGCACAUGAUGUACCACGAGGCGACGGCGUGCCACGUCACCGGAGACCUGGUGGAGCUGCUCUCCAUCUUCCUGUCUGUCCUGAAAGCCACGCGGCCGUACCUGCAGCGCAAAGAUGUGAAGCAGGCUCUGAUCCAGUGGCAGGAGAGAAUCGACUUCGCCCACAAGCUGCUCACCCUCCUCAACUCGUACAGCCCGCCCGAGCUCCGCAACGCCUGCCUGGACGUGCUGAAGGAACUGGUUCUGCUGAGUCCACACGACUUCCUGCACACGCUGGUUCCUUUCCUGCAGCACAACCACUGCACCUACCACCACAGCAACAUCCCCAUGUCGUUCGGGCCUUACCUGCCCUGCAGAGAGAACAUCAAGCUGAUGGGAGCGAAGAACAACAUCAGACCUCCGAGACCCGAGCUCAACAUGUGUCUGCUGCCGUCCAUGGUGGAGAGCAGCAAGGGUAAAGAUGAGGUGUACGACCGGAUGCUGCUGGAUUACUUCUUGUCCUAUCACCAGUUCAUCCACCUGCUGUGUCGCGUCGCCAUCAACUGUGAAAAGUUCACAGACACACUCGUCAAACUAAGUGUGUUGAUCGCGUAUGAGGGACUUCCUCUUCACCUCGCUCUCUUCCCCAAACUGUGGACGGAGCUCUGUCAGUCACAGUCUGUUCUGGCGAAGACGUGCGUGAAGCUGCUGUGCGAGGAUCCGGCGUUCAGCGAGUACAUCAAGUGCAUCCUGAUGGACGAGCGCAUGUUCCUCAACAACAACGUGGCGUACUCCUUCCUCACCUGCUUCCUGCACAAGGUGCAGGUUCUGUCCGGGCCCAGCUGCUCCAACCUGAUCGGUGUGUUGGUGACGAACCUGCUGAGUGAACAGAGCAGCCUGCAGCCUGAACUGGCAGCUCACCGCCUGGAGCUCAGCAAGACCAGCGGGCUGCUCAACGCCGACCUGAGGGCGCUGGUGUUGCUGCUGUCCGUCCAGCCGCCUCAGGCCGUUGACCCCGCCCUCUGCCCCGCCCUGCAGGAGCUGCUUGGCCGCUGUCGUGUUUGUGUCCAGCAGCGCAGCGCUCUGGAGCUGGAGGCCAAGGACCACAAGGCCAAAGCUGAGGAUGAAGGAGCGACCCCGGUGAAGCGGCGGCGGGUGAGCAGUGAUGACGACAGAGCUGGUGACACGGCGGCGCCGCUCUGCGUGGCCUCCACCUCCUCUUCUUCCUCCUCGUCAUCCUCCUCCUCCGCUCUCCCGCCCUGCAGCGAGCCGAAGCCCGACCACCAGGAGGCGCUGACGCCCACCAGCACGUCGGACACAGAGACUCGAGACUCCUCCUCACUGAUCGACCCGGGCACCGAGCAGGACCCGCCCUCUCCUGACCCCGCCCCCACCUCCUCUGGAAACCUGGACUCCUCCCCGAAGGAGGAGAAGAUGGAGGCUUCUUCUUCGUCCUCCUCCUCGUUCUCCUCUUCCUCCUCCCUGCUGCAGGAAGCAGGGGAGGGUUUUGUUCAGGGGGAGGAGCCUGAGCCACCACGACAUGUGGCGACAGGUGAGGAGGAGGAUGCGGAGCAGCGGGAGGGGAGGAGGGGUGAGGCGAUGUCUUGCUCCUCAGAGGAGGUGAAGGAGACGGGCUCUAAGACCAGCAGCAGCUCGGCCCCACCCCUUUCAGAGGACGCUGCCUUCCCAUCAGGCCUCGGGCUAGUGGGGGAGGGGCCAGAGGGCUGCAGUGGCCACGCCCAAUCCCCCCAGGUGUUCCCAAGCACCGGCCCCCCACCUGACAUGCUGGACACGCUGUACAGGACGGUGGAAGCCACCAUCGCCAUAGUUACCAAACUGUCCGUUAAAGGCCCACCCUCGUCAUGACAUCAUCAACUCACAGCCGCCAUGAGAUCUUUAACAAAAACUUUUUCCUUUUUUUUAAAAAAUUUUUUUUUCUUUUUGAAAAUCUGAAUUCUGCUCAGAGGAAAAAACGUUUUCCUGUUUUUCAGUUUCUUCUUCUUCUGCUGUUUGUGCUGCUGUUCGUUGCCUUCUGCUGAUGUUCAGUCGGUCGGUCUCUCCGGCCUCAGUGGCGCUCGCCGUGUCGUUUCGCUCUAUUAAACUCUGACUCCACGCACAGCUGACCCCCCCCCCCCCCCCCCCCCCUGUUUGACAAUAAAGAAGAAAAAACAGAAAAAGUCGUACAAGCUAUAGCACAUUUUUUUCAAAGGGCAAAAAAAAAAAAAAGAAAGUUUUUGUUAUGUUCUUUUUUUGUGUGUGUGUGUGUGUUUUAUACUGAUUUGAAUUUGUUUUGGAAAGUGAUUUUAUUUGAGGUUUGCUGUAACGGGGAAAGGUUUACAGAACUUUUGUCUCCUCUGUAUGUAAUUUAAUUUUAUUGCAUUUUUACUGUGUAUGAAAAUGGUCGUCUCUGUGCCAGUUUUGUACUUUAUGAACGAGGCAAAAGAAAGUUGCCUUGACUUUUCUGUGGUUUAAUUAUCCAGAAACGAAGUUUACCUGUAAAUUAAGAGAACCACAAGAAACUUGAUUCUGUAAAGAAUCCUCUCUAGUCAUUGCCUGAAGGUGUAUAUGAAAACUAUAUAAAUAUAUAUAUAAAUACCUUUAUAUAUAUAUGAAUAUAUAAAAGCGGUGCUUUAUUUGACUGUGGUUGAAAUAAAGCCCCCAUGUUGGACCAGCUGGA